AUGGCACCGGUCAAACAAAUGCGAAUCUCCGACCCGUUCCUCAAAGUCGGCUGCACUCUCGGCGAAGGUCCCCUCUAUGACCCAAGCACAUCCACGCUCUACUUUGUCGACAUUGACGAGAAGAAGGUAUUAUUCACGGAUCGGAAUGCGGAUAUCACCGUGUACCGCUUGGAUACGAACUCCUCACAGUUAUCAGUUGAACAGUUCGACGAAUCGAUCACUUGUCUAGCCCUGCGCAAGAGUGGGGGAGGCCUGGCUUGCACGACUGCGACGGGCUAUGCCGUCUUAGAAGAUUCUCAGAUCAAAUACCUGAGUAGGCCUAUUCCUCAAGACCACUUACCAUAUACCAGAUUCAACGACGGCGCAUGUGAUAGCAAGGGCCGUUACUUUGCCGGAACUGUAUACUCCAAAGAACACGAUGUCCCUGGGCGUCUCUGGAGAUACGAUCCUGCGGACAGAUCUUGCGUCGUGGUAGACGAGGGUCCUUUCACGGACUCCAACGGCCUAGGCUGGAGUCUGGACGAAAAGACUAUGUACUUCGUGGACUCGCUCAGGAACAUCAUCUAUGCAUAUGACUACGACGACGGGUUGCUGAGUAACCGUCGUGUCUUCAUCGACGCCCUGGCACAGGGCCAGCCGGAGAAUUCAUUCCCGGAUGGCCUGUGUAUUGACAGCGAAGGCGGUAUAUGGAGUGCCAGAUGGGGAGGCUCUCGGAUCGUCCGGUAUACCAAGGACGGAGUCGAAGACAUGGAAAUCCACUUUCCUACUGCGCUCAACGUUACCGCCUGCUGUUUCGGAGGUCCUAACGAGGAUCAGCUGUAUGUAACUACUGCUCAUUGCGGUGCGGUAGGAGGUGAUCCAAGUAGACAAGCAUCCUACCCUGACUCUGGGCAUCUUUUCGUGGUAAACCUAGAAGGCCAAUACACCGGUGGUAGAUGGCGCCACGCAUUCGGAGGAUAGGAACGUAUGUAGCUGGGAUGCUUCUUUUUACUUACGUUGUUUAUGGAUACGAUGCGGACUUCUACCGUUGUGAUCGAUAUUCAUUAGUUUUCACAUCGCCA